AUGAAAAUGAAAAAAACUUUACUAGAUUAUGAUCAACAAAUCAAUCAACAAUUUCGACGACUUGAACAAGGAUGCACUCUUGCUAAAGCUAGUUUUCAUGUGAGUACAGAUCUGCAACAAGAAAUUGCUGAAUACGGUGUUAUCACGACUGAGAAUGUUGUAUUAACUCCAGAUGGUGCUGAAGAAAAGAAGAACCAUAUGUUUUUGGAUUUAUCAAGACCUUUAGGUGAAAGUUCAACUUGGGCGUAUGAAGCAUCUUACGGUCGUGGCUAUGUAUUCCGAUUGAAAAAUCCGUUGAAAAUUCGAUCCGUACAAUUAGAAGCAUCAGUACAUGGACAAGUAGUUAUUUACGUAGUAAAUAAUUCUGGGAUCAUUGUCAACAAAGCAUCUCUUAUUUCAAAUGAUAUAACUAUGAAAUGGACAACGAUUCCGAUCAUCGCCGAACUAAACACUGACUAUUCUAUUUUAGUCUGGUCGCCAAAUAUAAAUGGGCAAUUUUCGUACAAAAAAGGUGAUAAUAAUUUUCGUACAAUUGAUUCAGAAUGUUCGAUUGAAAACCGGCAACCAAUUAUGUCAUCGUCUAAUACAUAUCAACUUGAUUGUGGUGGACGAGCUUGUCCCAUUUGUGGCAAAUGUCGUGAUUGGUAUUGGGAUAAAGGUAGUCGUUAUCUUUAUUUCUGUACCAUUAAGUCGACCUCAACAGGUGAACAUAAUCUUGGUUUUCAAGAAGCUGGUUGGCAACGUCGCCAUACAGGUUGCUAUUAUGGUCCUGGUGCUGUUUAUCAUGAUGUUCUUCAUAAUGGCUGCUAUCAUAGUUUAUGUAUAACUGCAUAUCCUUAUGAUAAUCAUGCAUUAGCAUUAAUAUUCAAUCCAUAG